AUGUCUGAGCGAAUAGUAUUUGUAUUGGAUGUGUCGAGAAGUAUGCGCGGCGUUCGGAUUAAGGCACUACACACAGAAACUAUAUUUUUGGCCACCGAUGGCGACCAAACUGUGGGUAAAAAGGAUUAUGUGGGCGAUGUUUUACCACAAUUAAUAAGCAAACAGGUACACUUGUAUUGUUUGGCAAUCGGUUUGAACGCCGACCCAAACCUGGAAAGACUGUCGACCGCAACAGUGGGUCAGGUGUUUAGCUCAAGUCGUACGGAUGUAGAGAGCCAUGAAAUGAUGGGUCAGGUAAUGGAAGCAGCGAUGAAAGAGGUUAUCACCAGUAAAGAGAUGGAAGAAGUGGUCACUCAUACUGUGGUCAAUGAGAUUGUGGUCAUAAAUGGCAACACAUAUGAGACUCGAGUGCCCAUUGAGGCCGACAUCGGACGCAACACUCAAAUACAAAUCCGCUCCGAAGCCAUCAAAGACAUCGACGUAGACAUCACCGGCCCGUCGGGUGCCGUCUAUAGCACUACAGGUGGCGGACAAAUAGCCAAACGGUUGAACCAGAAAGAGUGCAGACUAUACCUGGAGUCGACUGAAUCGGGUCUCUGGACUAUAAAACUAACAACACAGAUAUCAAGUGCUGUUAGAGCGCAUCUGGUCUUUGAGAGUAACCCUACCAGAGCUCAAGCCAUUGAAUUACAAGUGUUUUUACGCCCACCCAAAGACGACUGUCCGCCGUUAGUUGUCUGUAAACUUUGUAAAAGCGAUGAACCGAUUGUGGGCGCUAUAGUGACGGCAACAGUGGACAGACCGGGCGAUACUCGCACUAACGUCCCGUUAAACUUGUAUCACAACUCUGGCUAUUAUUACGCCUACUUUACCGACUAUAGCGGCGCCGGCAGGUAUAAUGUUAGCGCACUGGCCGUUAAUGAUAGCAACACUACGACUUACCGAGGAACACCUACCGUUGCAUUCCGGCGGCAACGUGUGGCCAACUGCUUUUACGUGAGGGCCGACUUUAUGCCAACACAAUCGCCACCCGAUGGCCACUUUAAUCAACUGUUGCUUAACAACCAAUUUGGUUAUCAACGAAAUGCAAUGGCUGUUACAACAGCUCCCGGUCCGGUACGGGAUCCACAACCGACUCGAGAGCGUAAAAGUAUACCCCAAUUGAGUGAUCCAAUGAAAGCACUUAAGGCUCGGCUGUCAGCCAAUUAUAUACGCACUAAGCGGGCGGUCGACGGCCUACAGGUGUCCGAAAAGGCAGAUCUGGUCAAUAAAUUGGCCGGUUUUGAGAGCUUCUUCUCGUCUAUCCGCGAGACUUCCGCUGAAGAGAUCAAUGGCUAUCAGCGCCGGUUGGAUGAGAUUAAUGAGCAAGUUACGUUAAGUAAAUAA